AUGUCACUAGCCUGCCGCAGGGCUAACACAGAGACAGACAACCAUCCACACCUGUGGGCAACUUAGAACCACCAAUUAACCUAACCCCAGUAAGAGCACGUCUUUGGACCCUCUGCGGAUUUAAUGCUCACUCCUCUGCCAUAUUUUCUGGAAGAAAAGCACAACAACAUUCUAGGUGUGGCCGACUGCAACUGACCACAGAGCAGAACUGCUGUGUGUGUGUGUGUGUGUCGCACACAUCCAGCUGUCCUAACGAGCUCCACAUGUUUCCACAGAGGAUCCAGCAGCCGCACUGAAACCUGCUCAGGUGUGUCAUGAAGCUUUCUGUGAGCCUGAAUCAUCCAGCAGACUGUGCUGCAUGCUGAGCCACAGACUGACCUGAGAUCAGUCUGAAACUGCUCUCCUCAUGUUCACACAUGGAUCCAGAUCCAGGUCCUGAUCCAGAUGUGACCGUGGUCCUCCUGGGGAACUGUGGAGUGGGUAAAAGUGCUUCAGGAAAUACCAUUUUAGGUCGAGUGGCGUUUGAGUCGAAGACGUCCUUUAAGGCUGGAGAGACCGAGAUCAGAGAGGAGACAGGACAAGUGUUUAGGAAACGGAUCCGAGUCAUUGACACUCCCGGAAUACUGGGAUCAGAGGGGCCAAUCGGGAGCUGCUGUCGGGACGUCCUCAGUUCCUCCGGCUCUCAUCUGUUCCUGCUGGUGGUUAAAACAGAUCGAUUCACCGCCGAGCAGGAACGGGGAGUGGAGGCGGCACUCGGAGCGGUCGGAGAGCAGGGCUUCAGCCGCUGUUUCCUGCUCUUCACAGGUGGAGACGCCUUGAAGAACACGUCUGUGUACGACUUCAUCUACCAGGACUUGCAGAGCCCACUUCCAGGUGUGGUCAGGAGGUUCUCAGGGAGGUUUCACCUGUUUAACAACGAAGACGGAGGAAGAGAGCAAGUCCGAGAGCUGCUGCUGAAGGCGGGACUCCUUCAUGAGUCACCAGCUGUUUGUGUGGGGUCAGAGGCCAGGAGGGUUCUUCUGAUUGGUCCUCUUGGAGGUGGGAAAAGUUCUUCAGGAAACAGCGUGCUGGGCUGCCGUCACUUUGAGGUGGACUCUGACUUCCACAGAAAUGGGAAAGGACAUGCGUGCGGAAGUGCGGAGGUGGAGGGGAGGCGGAUAUCUGUGGUGGACUCUGCGGGACUCUCGGGCGAAGGUCUGACCCGGGAGCGGCUGUUUCAUGAGAUUGGGAGUGUGAUGCAGCUCUGCGAGCCGGGGCCUCACGUCUUUAUGGUGGUGGUGAAGAUCGGUCGGCUGUCGGCGGCAGACUCGCGGCUGCUCACCUUGCUGACUCGGCUGUUUGAGGGCGACGCGUCCCGACAUGCCGCCGUGCUGUUCACUCAUGAAGAUGCUCUGGGAGACCAGAGUCUGCAGGACAAGAUUGGGUCCAGCCGCUGUGUGUCGGAGCUGGUGUCCCGCUGCAGAGGGAGAAUCUGUGUGUUGGACAAUACUCGUAAAGGAGAGCAGGUGCAGGUGGCGCGCUUCCUCCGUCUCAUAGACAACAUCAUCAGAGAAAACGAGGGACGCCACUGCAGCUGGGAUUUGCUGAGGUCACAUGACCCAGAGGACAUGUCUCAGCCUCUGACAGCAGACAGUUCUUGUGUGAACGGUGUCGCAGACUGUGCGCUAGCUGCAAGGCUUCCUCCUUCUUUGCUGAGUGUGUUCUGGUGUUUCCUUUCUCUCAGUGCGCUCUUUGCAAGGCAUUAUUUUCACUGGACUUAAAGGGGCAGAGCCACAGUGGCUUCCUGUUAAUCAGUGCACCUGUUCAGGUGUUAUUCAUAAACUCUGGUGUAGGUGAAUCGGUUCUGGGCUGACCCACUGAGAUUGACUUUAGGUGAUUUUCAGACUUAAAAUGUUGCUUGACAUCAUUUAAUGACUGAAUCUCAGUCCACUGUCAGAGGCUGUAAGAAGAUCAUUUGUAACCUUCACUAAUGCUGUUUCUGUACUGUGAUGAAUUCUGAAACCUGACUGAAACUCUUCAAAUAAACCGUUCCUCUGCAGAUGAUCA